CGUUCCUAAAGGACGAUCCUCAAUCGACGAUUACUUCGAUACUAACGACAGCUUCGCCGAUUCAUUAAUAAAGAAACAUAGCACUGCGGUGCACUUCACUGUUAGCAGUUUGAAAUCUCGCGGCUUUCCAGCGGCGCCAUCUCGCGGCCCCGUGAUCAAUGAGAAAGAGCGCACAUGACAACGGAAGGGAAGCGUCGAUACGAUGGUCAGGUCGCGACGGAUCCUCCUCACGUCACCUGGCGCACCUCGGGACCGCCGGCGAGCGCUCGGUCGGAAGCGGGCCAGUGACAUUCGGUCGCGCGCGCGGGGCCAGGGUCGCUCCUGUCCGCGACAACCCCGGGGCGAGGGAAAGGCGAGCGACGGGCGGGUAGUAGUCGGCUGCACGCAGUAUGGGAAUAACCUGUCGGACAGCACGCAGCGCUCCGAGCCGCGACGGGGUCGCGCACGAUGAUAUGACGUAUAGGCCCAGGGACUGAUCGAGACGCAUCCAACGUCAUGUUUCACCAUCUGCAUCUCAGGAGUCGUCUUCUGCAGACCCUGAUCCUCGCGCUGAUCGGCCUCACUUUCUACGCGUACUACCGUACCACCGUGUACGAUGUCCGCCAGUUCAGCCUGCCACGAAACACCAAUCAUUCCGUGUACCAAGAAGGCCUGAAUCUCAGUGCGGACACACGGCUGACGAAGAACUCCAGCUCGGAUAACGCGGCUUCGAGCCAGUACACGGCGCACAAUAAUCUCUCGACCGUUAUCACGACGCUGUCGACGUCCUCGUCUUCCGCGAGCACGUCGAACGAGAAGCAGCCAGCCGCAAGCAACGCGACCAGGUCGGUCGUAGUGCGCAGUGAUUCCGCGCGCGCCAUAUACGAGACCGGCCACACGGUGCCGAUCCCGGAGCGGUGUCCGCGCCUGGGCAAGGACAUGGAUCUGGUCGUGAUCGUCAUGUCCGCGCCGACGCAUCUGGAUGCGAGGACGGCGAUCCGGCAGACCUGGGGCCACUUCGGUCAGCGCAGCGACAUGAGCGUGCUCUUCAUGCUCGGCACUAGCAGCGACCGCAAGGUCGAGACGAUCCUGCGCAAGGAGCAGAACAUGUACAACGACAUGAUACGCGGUCGCUUCCUCGACUCGUACUCGAAUCUCACACUGAAGACCAUCUCGACGUUGGAGUGGGUGGACAGUUAUUGCUCGAAGGUGAAAUACUUGCUGAAGACUGACGACGACAUGUUCAUCAACGUGCCGCGACUGCUCGCCUUCGUGAACAAGCACGCGAGGGAUCGCAACGUGAUAUUCGGCCGACUGGCCAGGAAGUGGAAGCCCAUCAGGAACCGCAAGAGCAAGUAUUACGUGUCGCAGGCGCAGUUCCAGCAGUCGGUCUUCCCGGACUUCACCACGGGGCCGGCGUACCUGCUGUCGAGCGACACGGUGCGCCGGCUGUACGACGCCGCCUUGGACCACACGUACCUGAAGCUCGAGGAUGUGUUCAUGACCGGCAUCGUUGCCCACAAACUCGGCAUCAAGCGCUCCCACGCCAACGAGUUCCUGAACAAGCGCAUACAGUACACCGCCUGCAACAUCCAACGCGGCAUCAGCAUACACAUGGUCAAGUACAGCGAGCAGUUCGACCUCUGGAAGAAGCUGCUGGACGGCAAGAGCAAGUGCAAGUGAUAAUCGGGCGAAGGUCCUACGCUUGACCCUGGCGAACCAAGUGGUACGAUCGUUACCGCCUAAUGCGACUCGAGUGCCCGGUAACCAGCCGUCGUUUCACACAUACACGCGCGCACUGUGCGCGAGAGUGGUAAUUGCAAGAGUGUGCAAACGAUUUCGCCGCUUAGAUUUUUACACGACCCGCGCGAGCCUCACGCCUUUUCCCACAGUGGUCGGAGAACGAGAGUGGGUAAUCUUCAGAGAGUAUCGUGGCCUAGUCUCGUAUUCCUCUUGCGUACCCUCGAGAAUUCCAAAGAGAAGUAUACUUAUUAUUGCGUAGAAAACAAUUCUCUCAGUAUGAUUUCAUUUUUUCUCUCUACUUCCUUCUCUCUAUCUCUUGCGGAUAAGAUAAUUCGGACAGAUUUCUGUCGCGGGCUCUGGUCGGGGUUUGUUUUUACAAUGUCGCGGAACACCAACUCUUCUCUCAAGGAUCGCGCGCGUCUCUAAUUCUCAGCUUGCAUUUACGCGACCACAUCCUUCGCGUCACGCGUGGCGAGAUCAAACACGCCAGCAGGAUACGGUCUAAUAUUUUUACGCUGCAGUGGAGGAGGAACAAUCUCACUCGCUACAUGAGAUUCCCAGGGGAUUCCUUUGUGUAAUCGGCAGUUUCAUUAUGCUCCGUUGCCACGUGUCGACAUUCAGUCCGCGGGUAUAAUCAGGUCAAAGUAACAAUAUCUCGCAAGAUGCAUCGCGCACUUUCUCCCGGCGAACAGCUCUCCGGCGAAUUUGGAGCCGAUGUUUCCGAGCGGAAAGUUAAUCGUGCUGUUAUAUAUUUGGCAUUUAAGUGGCGCUUGACAAAUUACGCUCUAAUAGCAUCGAUGAGUUUCAACCUCGAUCGAUACCGAGCGAAUCUCACUCACUCACUCAUUCACUCUCUCUCUCUCCUUUUUUAUCUGUCUUUCCCCGCACUGAGGAAUCCAUUUAAUUGAAUAAACAAAAUUUUGGUUUGCCAAACAAAGCUCUUGUUAAUUCAAUUAAAUGAGUUUCUCAGCGCGUUUCAUUGAGAAAUUCAAGUCGUAGCUUAGUUAUCACGGAAGGGCUUCGUCUCCGAAGAGAAGCAUGAAUCGUGUUCGUCGAGGGUACCUAAGAGUCGCAAACUCCGCCGACCGCGUGGGAUAAUUGAGACAUUUUGUGCGAACGUGACGGCGCGAUAAGUCAACUGUGAGCGACUUCCCUUCUCUCCCGAAUAUUAUCUAGUCAUCGUUCUAGAUAAUACGUCGCGCGAUAACGCGAACGCUGUAUACACGAUAUCGACUAUCCUUCGCGCCUCACACUUCCCCAUCUCGUAUUCCAUACUCUCGUUAUCGCACUACUUCAUUGUAUCCUGCGGAAAUAUCGCAUAUAUAUUUCCGUUCUCGGUGCCAUAUAUAUUUGAAGCCCGAUUAAAGAGAUGUUUAGGCUCGCGGCGCGACAAAGUGCGAAAAUAAUAGGAGCAGGGUGAUUGGGAGCCUCGUUGGUAAAUGGGACCUAACGAAUAUACGAUCGAUUCGUUGCCGUUCUUUAACGAUUUUUCGACGAUUGUCGAAUAAAUAUUCGAUCGAGAUUCCGACGAUCUCCGGAAGCUCUCUCCCGACUUUGAUUACCGUCGGAAUGGUACGUAUUCUUAUUUCAAUCAUUUUUUAUAAAUAUAGACUUUUUUUUAUUAGAUUAUAGAUAAGUAUGUAAUUUUUCAUCAAAAAGUCAUUGCAUUCCUGUUGUCUCAUUACCCAACGGCCUCGGUUACCUAUUUUUAUAUUUCGUCGCGUUCUGGGGGCUUAUAUGUAUACACGUUGUGUUCCUAUAUUGCGCGCCGCGCUUUCCGAAAAAGUGCACGAUAUUUUCGAAUUAUUAUUAUUAUAGUCGCUUUUUUUAUUUUAUUCACUACUCCUUCACACCUUCCCCUUAUUCUUCCUAAUGAACUAUUUAUAAAAUAUCUACAUGACAUUGCGUAUUUUGACUGCUUUUUAAAAUUUAAGAAACGUGACUUUCAAAUUGUCAGAAGCGUGUAUUUAUUUAGUUUUCUUACUUUUUCACGAGAGAUGUUACGUCCUUUCGUAUGUGAUUUUCACAUAAAUCAAAUCGAGUAUUCCACUCGCGUUUGAGAAUGGAAAUGAAGCUAACGAAGCGUCACUUGACACUUCAUUUAGUUGUUUUUAAGAACUACUAGCUAGUGGAAAGCCGACACUGACGGAUUUCUUGAUUCCCAAUCUAACGUUUAGGUGGGCUUUAGUUUCGCGCUUAAUGAAUUAAAGCCGCAGCUGGUUCGCCAAAUUAUUUAUCAGCGAAUCGAUUCUUGCCCGACAGAUUGAAGGAAGAAUGCACCUUCUUGUUAUCCGUUUCUCCUCGUGAGAACGCGCGCGCGAAUCGCACGCGAGUCGCGAGUUAACGAGCCCCGAAGAUCAGGCCAAGGCUCCUGCAGCUCGUUGCGACCAUAUGCCGCACGUACUCCAAUUGUGUCCUUGGCACGUAUUCCGACCAAGUACGAGGCAAAGCGGUUGUGAACGACCGAAACGAAGGGUCGUUCCAUCUCGAUUGCGAUGCGGCGAAAGGAGAACGCGACCGGCCGGCCCUGACGAGAAGAUUGACACGAUCGCGCACCUAGUUUGUAGUAUUUCGCCGACGAGAUCACGCGAAGACGGAAUUUUCCGAAAAGCAACUAUUCUCCUCGAUCAUCUCAGAAAUCGCGUCGUUCAAGAGAUCGAUUUCCCGGAAGAUUAAUAGUAAGAUAAAUGAUAGAAGGUCUCCGCAACGAAGGUGGCUUAUGAUUCAUGAGCGAUUAUGCUGCGCUAAAGAAGAAAUGACUUCGCUCACGCAAACAGUACGUCUGCCUGCCCCGAGCCAAGUCGGCCGAUGAAAAAUCGAAGUUUGCAGGGAAGCGCGCGGAUAUCGCCAUUCGUAAGCAAAUAGUUCCACGGAAUAGUUGCAGAGAUUGAUGCCUCACUAGGCUCCGCAUGAUACCUCGCGAGCGGAUCGGACAUGCAUCGUUCCGAAAAGUAAAAAUCCUGAAACUCGCCAGGUGUGUGACGGUUUCAAAGCAAUUUCUCAACAUGCAAUUUUUUCCGAAUAUCUCGAUAACAUUCAGUUAUCCCGAAAAAUGAUAAUAAAUCCGAAUACCGAGACAAUAUGUCGAAGCAUACUUUCCCCGAAAUAAGAAUAUUAAUUUAAUAAAUGAUUACUAAAUUUCUUUGUAUUGUAACUUCUCGAGACGAUUAUAUACUUUCAAUAUUUCGAAGAACCUUGGAAGAUUGUUUCGGUGUUCAGGAAUUUCGGGAUUAUGACUUUUCGACUUUAUUUUGUUUUCCAGAUUAUCUGAUUUUUCAAAUCUCAACAGGAUUUUUUUCUUUUUUCUCGGAACAAUGCAUGCCCAUCAAUCGCGGGCCAAUUCACGGCAAACGAUGGUAUUCAACCAAAAAUUCGAGUUAGAGUCCUUAGUUGCAGCCGACACGAGAUAGUGAAACGUACUUACAUGUUCUAGAUUUGCAGUAUUGUACCAAUAUGUAUCUACAUUUGUAAUACACGCGCGCGUCUCUCCCGAUAGGUCUGCACGUCGCACGAUCCGGAGCGUCCGGAGAUAACAAUUGUCACUCGUAAAACGCGAUCGCGCGACGGAUAAUAAUUUAUUUCCAUUCCUCUCUCUCUCUACCCUUAGCUUAGGUGAGCUGAGUGCCCUAGAUGAUGUGCGUUUUAUUUUUGUAUGCGUCUACAUAUAAUAAUAAUAAUAACGAUAAUAUGUAUAUUACGCGAGUGUCUGCAUAGAUAUGUGAUUGAUUGACAUGUGAUGAUUCAUUGUUAUAGUACGUUCACUUAUUAUCGCGAAGCCGGAAGAGUCGCGAGCGAGUCAAUCGCGAAGCGUCCUGAUUGUCCGGCUCGAAUCUUGUCGCGUUUCACCCUUCAUAUUCAAAGCGAUUUUUCUUUUUUUUUGUCUUAAGUAACGUUUUGCGAGCGACGGGCGAGAAAUUCAGCAAACUAUCUCGCGAGAGAGAGAGUCACGACGACGGUGUUGACAGUUUCAUUUCGCUCGUCGUGAAUUGUCGGCUAAUUUAUCGAUGUGUCCUUAGUGAUGUUUGUUUAUAAGGGAAAAAAUGCAUUUGUAUUCUGCGAAAUUGUAUAAGUCUGGGCGCGAAGAAAGAAACGAGUGUACCACUCCUCACACCACUACGCUUGUACGCGCAUUGCGAAAUGUACGGUAACGCAAUUCGCGUAGAACAUCCGGUACGCGUUAAUAAUACACAAGAGUCAAUGAAAUUAACAGUUCGCGUUGCGAAACGAAGGCAAGGUGAAUGGGUGACUGGAAAUGCGUGCGUACCAAACGUACCGGAGCUAAUUGCGACACGAAGCGAACGAUACGUAACUUCCGUCUGUAAGAUAUAUCGGAUCGGGUAUCGUGGAAUCUGAAAUCCGUGAUGCAAAAGAAAAAUAAGAAGAGAAAGAAGAGAGGCAGUAGCGUUUUACGGAUCUCGUGUUCUGCGAAAUUUGACUUCUCUUAUCUGUCAUCCUGCAUCGUAUUGACUCAUAUUGGCCACUACUUCAAAAAAAAAAAGAAAUAAACACUUCUACAGUGAAAAGAAAAGAUCGGGUGAAAAGAACUAAGUCUCAGGGUUACGCAAAUUUUAUCACGGAAUCUGCAUUUGAGUCGAACGAUCCGGCGUUUGAAUUGCAAAAUUUAAUCAACGAUAACAAAUUAACAAAACUGGGAUGUGUCUAGUAAAUACAGUAACAUUAGAACAAUAUUGUAACAUCCCGCUCAACAGUGUUACGUCCAACGUAUGUUAUAUUAUAGUUACGUUGUUGAGUGAGAAAUUUAUAUUAUUGAUAUAAUGUUACUGUUGGUGUUUUUACUGGAUAGUUUCAUGUAUGAUACAGAUGUUCUUUCAACUACCAAAAAUCGAUCUAACUGCAUAACACGAGUGGUUCUACCUCUGGUUGGAAGAUUAAGCGAAUCGGACAAUUAAUAUGACCAAUAGGUAGGCAAUUAUAUAAUAGUCUCAUUUAACUAAAUUCUGAACUUGUUUUACACAAGAGAUUAAGAAAAAUACGAAAAUUCUGCCGAAAGAAUUCGAUUUUGCUGUAUAUACAAUUCUGAAAUUGAGUUCGUUUAACCCGAUUCCAGUUAUUUCGACAUAUCUUUCUUUACGAUGUACUCUUUUCUCGCUGGACAUUUUGAAAACUUUCACAUGCCUCACGAAAAAAAAUCGCGCAACGCCAUAUAAAGGAUCUUUAUCAACGCUGAUUAUUAGUCGUCGUAUCUCUAGCGGGAGAUUAACGUUUGUUCCCCUUGGACAUAAUACGACUAUUUUUACCACGUACCAUCAUCAUCACGCAUAGGAUUACGUACGACGAUUUUCAGUUGCGAAGCGAAAGAUGAAGAGGAACGCGAAAAGCUGUAUAUCCGCAUUUUACGCACAUUUCUCGUGUCCGCAGGUCGGGCGAUUCUGGAUUUUACGCACGAUUUCAUUCUCACUUUUAGCGAACGAGCUGUUCGUUGUUCGGUAUUUAACGCGAAUGAGACGUGAAAGAUCGAAUCGCCCAGGCUGGAGAAAGCUCGAAGAACGAGCGCGAUCUGAAGCGCGUCAUUUUAACGGCGAACGUUUCAGAUCGCGCGCCCUCCGGGGAGCCUCGUGUGUAUUUUUUAUUUCGAGAAAUAUUUAUAUCGUACCACACGAAUAUGACAAAUGCUCAACUGUCGUUUGAAGAAUAUAGAUUCUUUGCUCACA